GAGGUCAGAGUUGACAUGUGACGUAAGCACGUAGCGGUUGGUGAACGUAUUUAGUUGGCGGAAGCAUUUUGUAAACAAGUUAAUUUCUCAAAAUAUUAGCGCAGAUAUCUGACCUGAAACAACGUAAAUAAUCCGUCUUUAAUACUCGGUGAAUUUAUUUAUUUAUUUGUCAUUUAUUAAUUUAUGAACCCGGCACGAGCACACAGGCUAGCUGUUAGCACGUUAGCUGGCUGCUAGCCUCGGCUCCGGCAUGGACCCGUUGAGUGUAGCCGUGGAUGAAGUGGCUUUGGAGGGACUGGACGGGAUAACUAUUCCUACUCUGUGGAUAAGACUGGAGGACAGACAGCCCAAGUUUCCGCUCAAGCUAGACGACUGCACCAGGGAGCUCAUCUGGAAGUCUCUCAUCAUCAACACCGACCUGAAGUUUUACCAGCUGCCGCAGGAGAGAGAGGACGUGGUGCUGUACGACAGGUUCAAAGACAUCGACCCAGAAACAGGCAUCGAAACAGCACUGACGUUUUCUGACAUUCGAAAAGACGUCUAUCCCAUUCAUAUUAUUCUAGAAAACAAGGAUGGGAUACAGGGCUCGUGCGCAUUCUUCAAACAGAGGACAGACAUCACGAAGCAGGUCCGCUCCAAGUCCCUCACCCCAUUGGUCAACUUGCAGGAGGCUUUGGAAAGAUAUGGACGAAAGCUUGUUGUCGUUGCAUCUCAGAUGCUUCGAUUCAGGACCUUGAUCGGUAUCGAGAGCGAUCCUGAUUUGAAACUGAAUGACGACUCCUACUGUGUGUUGGAACGAGUGGGUCGAGCUCGAUGGCAAGGGGAGCUACAAAGAGAUCUGCAUGGAUCUUCUUUCAAGAUCGACGCUCGAAAGCUGCACUACAUGAGGAAGUCUCUGGUCAAACAUGGACUCAUCAGCAUGCAGUCUCAUGCCACACGAAUCAAGUCAGGACAGCAGCAGCACUCCAUCCUUCUGCUGCUCAAGCGCUUCCAUGUGAACAGGAGGACUAAGUACGACAUACUGAUGGAGUACGUGUCCAACAUUCUCCAGCAGUUGCCUGGUCAGUUUGCCACUUUGAUCACACUCAGAGACCAACUGAAUGUGGAUGAAGGUACUUUCAAACGUGUUCUUCAAUACAUGCGAAAUGCUAAGCUGGUCGAGUUUCGUCAGUAUCCUCUGGAGGACUUGGAUCCCAGCGCCGGGCCCUGCACCAACAAAAAAGGGAAUAAAGUGCUUGUGCGCUGUUUGAAGAUGUUAAAGCCGUAUACAAAGAAGGGUGUCACAGAUGAUGACGACGAUGACGACGAGGACGAAGAAGAUGGCACUGGAGCGAGGAGGAGAGGCCCCCCUGCAGAGGGCCGAAUCAUGGAGACCGAUGUCCUGUCACAGGCCUAUCACAUCGUAUUAUCCUGCGGUACAAAGGGAAUCCCUCAGAGUGGUGUCGGGUUUAGGAUGAAUGUCGGCAAGCUGGAAUCUCGUAUGCUCUGCCGAAGGCUGGAGAGGGAUGGUGUGAUUAAGGGAUUCAUGGAGGACGAGGGUCGGCAGAGGACGACGAAAUUUAUCGGCCAUAAGUGUGUUGGUGUGAGUGAUCAACUCCAACUGUUUGCUAAAGAGCAGGAACGGACGAAGCUUCUCUACUCGUCUACACCACAGAUGUCCAACACUGCACCUGCCACCCCUAAAACACCAUCAACCUCAAAGUCGUCAUCGAAACAAAACACCAAAUCUCCUGCAGCGAAAAAGAUUCAUGAUGCGGGUGAAGGAGAACACGAAGGUGUGGAGGAGGCUGGGCCAAAGUGUGGUGAUGAAGAAGUGGAUGCAGCGGGCGAAGGCUUGGGUGGAGAGGGAGGUAAAGCGAGAAGAAAGUCAGGAGCAAAACGACAGACGGCAGGGAGGAAAAGCAGCGUGAGAGCUAAACAGACCCAACCUGAGAUCCCCAUCGAACAAACGACACCAGCUGAAGGCGAAACUCCAGCCUGCAGUAAAUCCACGACACCUAACUCAGAGUCAGAUCCCAAAACAGAACAAGCUCGAGAUGAGGAGGAGAAAGAAUCCAACGCCAGUGCUGCUACCCCUCUGCCUCAGAAUGAGGCAGAGACCACCACCAAUAACCCACCUGAUAACAACAUUGUGGUUGUUAAAGAUAUCCUCCAGCCAAAGGCACGCAAAGAUGAAAAAUCGAGAAAAUCUCUGGCGAGGUCUCACGAGACGUACCGCCUGCUGAGGAGGAAGAACUUGAUCGUCGAGGCGGUCCGCAGCUUAAAAAUCAUCGAGGGUCUUUUCCCGUUACAGAAGAUAAUCAACGACGAAGAGAAACAGGAUGGAUUCAGCUCAAAGUGUUGCAGGAAGACUAUUUUACGUCUCGUCCACGGGCUGUCCAAAGAAGGCUUGCUUAAGAUUUACAAGACCACUGUCAUACAGGAUGGGAUCACCAAGAAGGUUGAGAUGGUCGUUCAUCCGUCCAUUCAGCCCAACGAUGACAUCGUGAACCGAGUCCUUGACCAGAUCCGCUUCAGAAUCUCCAGCUCUUACUCUGCUGUACGUCUGCAGCACGCCGAAGAAAAAGCCAGAGAACUGGAAAGGAACAAGGCUAACAAAGACGAGGAGUUCAAACCCACAACAGUUCGUGGACUGGGGAAGACGCUUGGCUUCCAGCCUAAGAUGCAUCGUCUGCGUGUUAUUCAUAACUUCCUCUGGUACCUCAUAUACGGACACCCGAGGAAAAACGACUCACAAUCAUCUGAAAGUCCGACCGCCAGCACUGCGGAUCAGCAGACUGCAGAUACUACUCUGGGUAACUUGGAUGUGUCAUCAUCUGGUGAUGAAGAGGAGGAGGUGAAAUCGAUACCUGGUCACUCUGAGCCUGAUAUGAAAGUCUAUGCCGACGAAGAUUCAUGGAAGAGAUUCAUUCCUCCUGUCCGUGUGCACAAGGAGUUUGCCAGCGGCUGGGCGAUGGUUGGCGACCUGCUCCUCUGCAUGCCUCUCUCUGUCUUCAUUCAGGUCAUACAGAUCAAUUAUAAGGUGGAUGGACUGGAGGAGUAUCUCAGCGACCCCGUGAAGCAGCACCAUCUCAUCAGAGUUUUGCCUGCGAAAAUGAGAAGACAGCUGCUUUUUAAACGGAGAUACAUUUUCACCUUUCAUGAGAACCUGCAGAGGCUGGUCUACAUGGGUGUGCUGCAGUUUGGGCCUGUGGAGAAGUUCAAGGAGAAAGACCAGGUGUUUUUGUACCUGAAGCGUAAUGCCACCAUUGUUGACACCACCAACGCAGAGCCUCACUACUGGCUGGUCACAGAGUCACCUGACAAACCGUUUGAGAAGCGCCGGUACACGUUCAACACUGCUGAAGACGUAGAAAACUACUGGUUUGACCUGAUGUGUGUCUGCCUCAAUACACCACUAGGGGUGAUCCGCGGAAAGAGAAACUCUUCAGAGGUGGAAGCUGCUCCUUCCUUCGUCCAUGAACGCAUCGUGUUUGUAGGAAUGGCAACCCUGCUAAAGGGCAGUAAUGAGGUGUGCGACGAUGGGACGAUACCCGGAGACGGUAAAGGAGCAGGAGGUCUAGACUCUGAAUUCUUCGCUCAUCUUAAACGCAACUGGCUGUGGACCAGUCACCUUCUGUCUGUCAAAACAACUCCAAGUGGUUUAGAGGCGAAGGAGAAUAAAAUCAGACUGAAGAGCUUGCUGAGUAAAAAUGCUCUCAGGAUUGCACUUAAAGCCGGAGGAACUGCUAUACCCCGAUAUAUGACUGCCAAGCGACCACAGGUGACAGAAAAUGUUGAGGUGGACAUCGAGCCUGCGUCCAGAAACCAGCAGGUGGUCGGAGGAAAGAAACAGAAGAGGAAGAGAGGCAAAAAGGAGGUUGCCAAGGCUCCACGCAGGAAGAAGAAAGAGCCCAAGAAACGCACACCUGCCCAUGACGAGGCGGACCACCAAGCUUUGAAGAUGAUGACGAGACAGAGAGUCUACUGGUCCAUCCAGGAGGACUCCCUGAUGAUGCUCUGCAAUGUGGCCGCACACCUGCUCAACAGUAAGUUAAAGAGGCCGUUCGUACCUCACUGUGUGGUCAGAGACCUCCUCCACACCGAGUUUGAGAUAUCGAUGGAUAAAACAUCUCUCGCUGUCGGACGUCGCUCAAAAUAUAUCCUCAAAAAUCCUCAGACACUUCUGAACUACAGGAUCUGUCUGGCUGAAGUCUACCAGGAUAAAACUAUGAUGAGACUAUUGGAGGAGAAGAAGCCAGCUGAUCCAGACAAUCCAGAGGAUUGUGCUAAAGUGUUCUCCGAGUACGUCCGGCUGCUCAGACAGAAGUUCAGCACUGCUCUAAACGUUCAUGAUACGAUCAUGCCUGACACAAAACAUGAGCUCUUCUCAUGCUUUAGAGUUUCAGCAAUAGACAGUGUGAAGCGGGUGUCAUGCAAAGACACUCUCAACUGCACCGACGACAUUCAUGCCAUAGUGUUACAUAACUUGAUCCAGAGCACUUUGGCCAUGACCAACAACCAGAUGAAGUCCUCCAGAUCCUUUCAGGCCUUCCACAUGUACAGUAAAUACAACCAGGACCUGCUGUGUCAGGCAUUCAUACGAUGCAGGAAGAGAGGUCUGGUCAACCGCCGCCGUGUCAACCAGCCGUUUGGGCCGAAGAAGAACCGAGCGCUGCCCAUCCUGCCCAUGUCCUACCAGCUGUCCCAGUCCUACUACAGAUGUUUUUCGUGGCGUUUUCCUCACUCGCUGUGCACUGACUCCUACCGCUUCUUGAGGAGUCUAAUGAACAACAAGACGGGAGACGACAGACCUGUCACCACGUUCUACCACGAAACCAAGAACCGGUCGCAGAACGAAGAAGAAGUGGCGGAGAGAAGAACGGCGUCAGAAAAGAAAAAGAAACAAAGUGAAGGAAAGGAAGAUGUCAGAGCGGUGAGUGAACCAGACAAGGCAAAAGAUGACCAAAGGAAAGUGGAAGACGACCAGAAAAACCCAGAAGACUGUUCCACAGCUGCUUCUGGUGAAGAUCCACCCAGCAGAGCGCAGGCGGAGGAUCAUCAUCCCAAACCUUCGACCUCAAACACAACUCGCACUCCAGAGGAGCCUCCAGAUGUGUCGGACAUGCUGCAGUUCUCUCUGGACGCUCCAGGUGGAGCCUGCGUGGUUUCUCUCACCCUGAUGACGCUGGGACUGCUGAACGUGUACAUGUCCAUACCCAAACCGAUCGUGGUGGUGGACAGCAACCUGGUGGACAAUGACGUAGUCAAGAGCAUGGCGGCACUGGAGGAAGAGGAUGACGACGAUGAUGACGGUGAAGAGUGCGAGGGCAGAAAAAGGCUGGAAGUGAAGGCGCAUCAAGCGUCACACACCAACUACCUGAUGAUGAGGGGAUUCUGCUCUCCUGGCAUAGUCAAACUACGAAACCUCAACACUUGCGAUAACAUCGUGUUGGAGUCGUGUAUUAUGAAGCUGCAGCUGCGCGACACACCUGCUCACCAUGUGUUCAGUAUGGAGAUCUCCCCAUCAUUGGACUUGACUAAAUGUGGUCCGUCCCUGCUGCCCUCCAGCCUCACCUACUCCACCCGUUACUCCUCCCCUCCGUUCAAUGUGAAGGAGUGUGACAGGCGCUUGGUUCAGCAAAGAGGAUACACUCCUCAGGACAUCGAAGCGUGUGUUCAGCUCAGGAGGAGCUUAGAGGCAACCGGUGAGAAAGGCUUGGACAUCCAUGACCUCUACGAGACUCACGUACACCUGGAGGAGCCGCAGUCUGGACGCACCAGGAGCCUGCAGCAGUAUAUGACGGACUUACAAGAGGAAGGCCAGGUGUUACAAGUUGGGAGUUUGGGUGCUCGGUGGGUGCUCAUGCAGCAUGCUGACCCCUGGUUGCUGACUGUAAAGUCCAAGCCACGAUCCCAGCCCAGCUCCACAUCUGAAAGAUUCCCCUGUUUGGCGAAUAAACACAACAACCCCUUCAUGCGCAAGAGAUGCAGGCGAGGGGUCCCACGGGAGACGGAGGAGCCGCCAGCAAAGAAAUCAGCCCUGAACAAACAAGAUGGUGAGAACAGGGAGGACGCUGAGAGGCUGGCAGGUGAGAUGACAAUAGAGAAACAGAAAGAGAGGGCAGAUGAGGUGAGUGGAGACAAACUGUUGAACUUGGAAGAAGAGGAAGGAAAACAGAAGCAGCCUGAAGAGGAAGGAGAGCGGCAGGCAGGAAAGGAGAAGAUGGAAACUGAGGACAGACCGGAAAAGAAGGAGCUUAGAGACAGAGAGGAAAGUAUAGACGAUGAAAGAGAUGAAGAGCCAUGUUCUUCGCCAACAGGAUCUGGAGAUGCGGGAAAUUUGAGCUUCAUCAGCCGUCCGUGGCGAAUGGUUGACGGCAAUCUGAACAGGCAGGUGUGUAAAGGCAUGCUGGAGGCCAUUCUUUACCAUAUCAUGUACCGACCGGGCCUCACGCAGAAGACACUGGUGGAACAUUACAAAGACGUGCUGCAGCCAAUGGCUGUGCUAGACCUGGUGGAGGCACUCGUAGACAUGGGCUGUGUGACAAAGAAAACAGUGGUUAAACCACCUAAACUGUCACUUUUCGGCCGCUCUGUGCACCAAACAAGAAGCGAGAAAAAAGCGAAGAUUGAGGAACCAGAUACGGUGUUUUAUGAGCCCACCAUCAGCUGCUGCCUGCGGCUCGGUCAGGUGUUUCCCAACGAGCGCCACUGGAACUACUGUCUACCAUAAAAGUGGUCGUGGAUUACACUUGGCCUUACUUGGCGUGGCCUGGCAGCACAUCAGGUCCAUUAUAAGACUUUUGAAGUCUCAAGUUGAGUAAAAAGUUGUUGAGGCUGUUGUGAUAAAGUUUUAUGUCAGGUUCUUUGAUGGAGUCACUUCUGGUUUUACAGAACAAGAUUUCUUUGUACAUUUUUUUCUCAUUCUGAAAUUAAAUUUAGUUUUGUGUUGCUUUUUGUAUGUUAACCAAAAAUUAAUAAAAUGUGUAAAAUCACA